AUGGCGCUCAAAAACAUCAUCUUCUCCUUGUUGGCCUAUCAGACUGUGCCGAGUCUGGGUCAUCCCCAUCACUUUCACCACCAUCGGAGCCUCCAUGAUGCCCAUCUCAAGGUCCGGGAUGCCGGAGAGCAGCUCAUCUGCCCUCCUAUUCCCGACAAACUGACCACGGCCGCAGACCUCAUCGCCAAGGUUCGGUUCGAUGAUCGCGACACAUGCGAUGCGACUCUCGCAACCAGAGACGUCUCCGUCAUGGCCGCGGACCCCGAUGAUCCUUAUUCCUGCUCUGAGGUGAAGCCAUGCAGUAACGGUGCUUGCUGUGCCAAGACUGGCGUUUGCGGCUACGGUCCCAAUUCCUGUGGUACCAAUGACGAGUCGCCCAACGACAAGUGUUGGAGCAACUGCGACGCUCAUGCUGAGUGUGGUCGCUUCGCUGAGAAGCCUGGAACGGAAUGUCCCCUCAAAGUUUGUUGCAGCCAACACGGCUUCUGCGGCAUGACCUCAGAGUACUGCGACGAGUCGGACGAGGAGGAUGAGGGCUGCCAGAGUAACUGUAGCCAGCCUGGCUCAGGGGGCUCCGGAGGCGACGUCCAGAAGCGCGUGAUUGGAUAUUACGAGGCGUGGAACUGGAAGAAAAAGUGCAUCGGCAUGAGUAUGGAAGACAUUCCUGUCAACAGUCUCACGCACAUCUACUACUCCUUUGCCUACAUCAUGCCGGACACGUACAAGAUCGUCCCGAUGCAGGAUGAGAAAGACGGAACGCUUACCACGGAGACCUUCACUGAGUUUACUGCUCUCAAGAGGAAGAACCCUUCUCUGAAGGCCAUCGUUGCGCUCGGUGGCUGGACUUUCAACGACAACGACACCAUCUGGCAGCCUGUUUUCAGCGAUCUCUCAUCCACCAAGGCGAAACGAGUCACGUUUGUUGAUGAGCUCGUCACUUUCAUGGACCGCUAUGGCUUUGACGGCGUUGACAUCGACUGGGAGUAUCCUGGUGCCGGUGACCGAGGCGGCCAGCCAGACGAUGGUGAAAACCUCACCAAGCUGUUCAAGGAGAUACGUACUGGGUUUGACAACAUGUCUGGCAAGCGCAAGGAGAUUUCUUUCACUGCACCCACAAGUUACUGGUACAUGCGCCACUUUGACAUCACGGCGUCCGCAAAGGCUGUCGACUAUGUUAACGUCAUGUCAUAUGACCUUCACGGUAUCUGGGACGCCGACAACCCCAUAGGCUCCAAGGUCCUGGCGCACAGCAACCUGACAGAGAUUUCCCUAGCCCUCGAUCUCUUCUGGCGUAAUGACGUCGAUCCCUCCAAGAUCAACCUUGGGCUUGGGUUCUACGGGCGGUCGUUCCAACUGGCGGAUCCUGCGUGUCACACCCCUGGGUGCCUCUUCCUAGGUGGAGCUACCGCUGGCCCUUGUACCGCUAAUUCGGGAACUCUGGCGUACUUUGAGAUCAUGGAUAUCAUCGACAAGUAUGAUCUGACGCCGUACUGGGAUGAGGAUGCUGGGGUCAAGUAUAUCACAUGGUCUGGAGAUCAGUGGGUAUCCUACGACGACCAUGAUACUUUCCAGCAGAAGAUCGACUUUGCCAAUGGACUAGGCCUGGGUGGUCUGCUCAUCUGGGCAAUUGACCUUGACAACAAGGAGCUAGACGCUUUGGCAGCCGUGCUGUAUCCCGAAAGCUUCGGGGCGUAUAAAGAUUACUCCACAGUCGACCCUUGGACAGAGCUUGGGGAAGGCCAUUGCACCGUCAACGAGUGCGGAUCGACUGGCUGCAAGUCGGGGUAUAUUGAAGUAGACGAGUUCGACUGUGAUCGUUUGAAGGGGAAGAAGGCAAGCGUCUGCUGUCCUUUCGCCUCCGCUCCAGAUCCAGAGAAGUGUACCUGGAGAGGUAAUGGAGUUCUCUGCAACGGUCAGUGCCACGACGGCGAGGUCGCCAUCGCCUCCAGCACACAAGCUGGCGGUGGCAACGUGUGCACUGAUGGUCGCAAGUUCCUCUGCUGCGAGGCGGAAGCCAAGCAACCAGACUGCCGAUGGACCGAGUGCAAAGAAGAGUGCGAUUCAGGCUCGGAGAACGAGUUGACCUGGAAGCACGGUAACUGCAAUGGAGACAACAAGAAAAAGUUCUGUUGCAGCAAAGAUCAGGAGUGGCGGAACUGCAAGUGGCACGGCAAGCCUGGCAGCUGUUUCGACAACCACUGUGAUACGGGCUGGCAGGUAGCCCUGACUACGUCCCACGGAGGUGAGGACGAAGAUUGCGGCUGGGCGUCGAAGCGGAAGAGGACUUUCUGCUGCGACCCGCAAGAGGGCGAUUCACCUUUCCUCCCCGUUCCCUUGGAAUACCUGUUCCCCGAUCCACCAGACGAGGACAGUGCGGACUCAGAUUGGAAACUCAAGGUGGACAACACUUGGGGCGGUGCUGAGGAUCUACCAUUCGCCGAGACGCCGGAGUCAUCUGCCUUUGGCUUCGUCGUCAUGACGAGUCCGGAGGAGCUCCAGGUCACACUCGACAGGCGUGACGGAUCUCACUGGGAAGUCUUUGACUGCAAUGAUGCUGUCACCGACGGGGAGCAUACAGUUCGGAUGGUGUGUACAGACCGCAGCGAAAACUCCAACUGCGAGAAGAUCUACCUCGGUCAUGGAGCCCGUGGUACAAUUGUCGACAUGCCAGCAGGCUGCGGUCCAGGCAGGUAUGCUGUGGUUCAGGAGUUGGCACCUAGUGUAAACCAGAGCCUCCCGCACCAUCUCUAUCGUCGUGGAGUGGACCUUGGCGAGACUAUAUAUGACUUGACCUUUGACUACGACUUCACGCGUGUGCCUCGAGACCUUGGGAAGACGCAGAUCCGCAUCGACUACAGCAACGAGAACACGUACUGGAGCACCAUCGUCGACAAGGCAGCCGACACCAAGCGAUCCCUAAAGAAGUCUGUGAAGAGGAGCCUCAACGAUAUGGGAGGUAGUCACAAGCGCUGGCUUGAGGAGGAGUGGCGCGACGACGUGUACGGCGGAGACUUGUCCAAGGAGGAGAUCCACAAACGUUGGUUCGGCGAGACGGCACUCGACUGGCUCAAGGCCUUGUUCACCGGCGUCACAAACCUCAUGGAACUCGAGCACACCUACAGCGAGGACUUCACUCUCAGCAUCAUUGACCAGAAGCUGACGUGCCCCAACAUGGACGCCAAGCUGGAGGUGUAUGCUGAGAUGGAGCUGGACCUCAACGUCAACUAUGGUUUGACAUUGAUCGCCACGCUAGGGGGCGACUACGGCAUCGAACUGUCCGACUCGUACCUCUACUACCGCACCGGCGGUGAGGUGAACGCCAAGUUCGUGGUCGACGCCGCAGUGACAGCGUUAUUCGAUACCGGCGACGUCCUCAUGUUCGGAGCAGAUACCUUUGGCGCGGCUUUCACCGUGCCAGGGAUCGUCACCGUUGGCCCCAACUUCAAGCUCUUUGGCAGGCUAGAAGGGGAGGCGACCCUCGGCGUGAAGUUCGAGAGCAAAGUCAAGCUCGCGGAGUGGAACGUCUACCAGACAUUCCCUGCCAUCGAUGAAGACUGGGAACCCGAUGUGUUUGAGACUGCUAGCAAGUCUGGCACGCAGCCCCUCGAGCCGGAGUUUGAGUACGGCGUCUCCCUGAGCGGGCAUCUGUCAGCCCACGUCAAGCCCACCAUUACAUUUGGAAUCGACUGGAGCGAUAAGUUUGUCUCUCUUGAUUCAUGCGCGGUAAAUCUAGUCGCCGAUGGACAUAUUACAUUCCACGCCGAAGCGCAGACAGGCAGCAGUGGGAGCAGCUUCUGCUACGGCAUUGACGCUGGAGCCGAUCUCUAUGCCACCAUUGAGGCGCCUGAUAUGUUCUCAUGGGCACUUCCUGAGUCUCCCUUUAUGAUCAUGCCCAUAGACGACGUAACCAUCUUCCCUAGUGGCCGGGGAGAAGAAGCCUGCUCUACCUCAGGGAACAAGAAGAUGUUCCGUCGAGAUGGGAACCUCACCGAAGACGACAUCGGCAGCACAUCCUCUCCAUCCACAACAUUUUCGCGUCGCGAACUAUCCAAGCGUGCCCUGAAAUACGGACCCUUGAUACCGCGCAUUGAUGGGCUCAUGUGCCCAGGCGAGGUUGACUUGGACGACAUUCCGACUUGCGACAAGUGCGACGGCGGUGAUGAUGACGCUCUACGGAAAAGGGACGGCGAGGUAUGCUUUCUCGACCCAUAUCGUUCCACCGGGCAGUCGUGUCCUGCCGAAUCCAAUGCUCGCCGUUCUUCUCGUGUGAGGAGUGCCCUUGAGCCGCGCACAAAUAAGCCGCCCCUCGAAUGGGAGCACAAUGGGCAAGACUAUGAAUUUGCCUUUCCCUCGUAUAAGUCAUGCGGAGCUGCUAUGAGCGUUAGCGGGAUUAUUCGUUGGUUUGGUUAUCCAGCAACGAAGGCCGGAGCUUGUGCACCAAAGUUGGAAAAGCUCAAUGUGAAUCAGGUCGAUCCCACCGAGUUCGAAACUGAGCAUGUUUACGAACCACAGCUUAUUUCUCGCUUUUUCAACUGGCUGAUGGAUCCAGGGCAACCAGCCCUCCCGGUUGGUUAUACAAGGCCCACGCAUGACUGGGUGUCAGAGGUUCUAUUCGGAUGUAAUGCCAUUUCACCGCCGAAUAGGGUGCUCAUUCACCCUGACUGGAGCAAAGAUAACCUUUUGGCCGAGAUGAUGAGUGGAAUUGGGGGCGAUAGCAACCCCGGUGGCCUGACUCUGACGGACAAAGGAGUGAAUGGAAGAAAAGGGAAGUUGUUCGAGGGACGUACCAUCCCCGCCACCAACAUGAAGACGAACAAGGAUACACGCAUAUCGCACCGCAAGUACGCAGGUGUCUUCUACUACAUGCGGCGGGACGAGGUCUGGCCCAAGUUCGUAGCGACGUCUCAGUACAUGGAGAAAGUUCUCAAGCAGUUCGACGACGAAUACCCGUGGAGCGGUAAUGGCCGCAUUAAUGUUGGGCAGCCGGACAUACCUAAUCGUCCAAACCAACCGACGGCCGGCAUGCGGGACCUUUACUGCUACUUCAUCGAGAAUGUCCUGACCAACAUCGAGAAUAGGGCUGAUACUUGGCUCACGACGGCCACGUCAAACUACAAGGCAGAUUUCGGGACUACUAGUGAUGGUAAGAAGUGGUUGGACAAUGUGCUACUCCCAGGAGGACUCAUUUCGGCGACAAUACUCAAGUUCCCCGCAUCAGCGUUCAAGCAUAAUGCGGCGAAUCCCGCAUCGCCGAGCACUUGGACACAUAGUCAGUUCAAGGACCUGUGGAUCUCGGGCAACGGCGCCGCUGGGCCGUUCUAG